AUGGAGAUGUUACCCCUGGAGCCCAAAAACCCAUGUAGGCAGACAGCCUUGCAGCUUCCUGUCACCAUGUUCCUGGGGAAAUCACUUCAGUGUUUUGGAAAACCUGAGAGACAGUUUGGAAGACAACUUGGCGCUGUGCACCGCCUCCUGCGCCCCGCGGAGCUGCAGCCAGAUGCGCGCGGGCAGCGGCUCCUCGGCCCCAAGAGCGCCAAGAACAGCCAGGCUCACGCCAAACAGGCCCUCGAUGCGGCCGCUGCUCCGCUCCUGCAGCGCCGCCCUCUCGGCGGGCGCCGCGAACUCACCGAGCACCGCCCGGGCCGCCAGGCGGGCGCGACCUCCCGCGGCGGCGACGCCUCCUCAGCGCUCUGCCGCUGCACACGAGCCCGUCAGCGGCGUCGGCCCUCCCGGCCGCCUUUCCCCCGCCCGCGGUUCGCCGCCGGCCCGGGGGCCCCGCUACACCGUUCCGCCACCGGCCGCCGCAGCCCGGCAACCGAGGCACCUCAGACUUUUGAUCCUUAUGAUCCCCAAGCUGUGCCGUUCAGGAAUCUGCCAUUCUCCGGGCCAGUCCCCGGCUCCAGGGGCUCUCGUCCAUCUUUCAACAGUCCAGAGUACCAGAGGCUCAGAGUCGAUCCCAUAAAUGAAAGAUCAUUUAUAUGCAAUAAUUAUAAAGAACAUUGGUUAGUUAGAAAAUUAGGAAAACAAUGGUUCAACUUGAAUUCUCUCUUGAAGGGUCCAGAUUUAAUAUCAGACACAUACCUUGCACUUUUCUUGGCUCAGUUACAACAGGAAGGUUAUUCUAUAUUUGUUGUUAAGGGUGACCUGCCAGAUCGUGAAGCCGACCAACUCCUGCAGAUGACCAGGGUCCAACAGAUGCAUCGACCAAAACUUAUUGGAGAAGAAUUAGCACAAUUAAAAGAACAGAGAGUCCAAGAAACAGAUCUAGAACAAGUCUUAGAAGCAAAUGAUGGGUCAGGCAUGUUAGACGAAGAUGAGGAAGAUUUGCAGAGGGCUUUGGCACUAAGUCGCCAAGAAAUUGACAUGGAAGACGAAGAAGCAGAUCUCCGCAGGGCUAUUCAGCUCAGUAUGCAAGGUAGUUCCAGAAAUAUAUCUCAAGAUAUUCCACAAACAUCAAGUACACCUCUUACUUCAGAAGAGCUAUGGAAGAGAAGAGAAGCCUACUUUGAAAAGCAGCAGCAGCGGGACCCGCCAGGACAGCCUUCACACCCAUGUGAAAAGCCAAUGACAAGUUCAGGGGCCCUCAGGGGUGAUCCAGGGGAUCCUAUGAGAGAAGAAGACAUGCUUGAGGCAGCUGUGACCAUGUCAUUAGAAACUGUUAGAAAUAGUUUCAUAACAGAAGGAAAAAAAUAA